AUGUCUGCACCCAGCCCCAACCCCAGGGCGAACCCAAGAAGUCCUACCCCUAGUGUUCGACCAAUAUCGAGGCGAAGAGUUCACGAAAGGCUGGGCCUCUUGAGCAAGAUCGACUCUGGGCAAAUCUACGACUCGCAAACCGACGAUGAAGCUGCUUCCAUCAACUAUAGAAGUUAUACUCCCGCGGCAGCAAGCGCCUUGGAGGACUUGGAAUGGAGUGAUCUUUUACCCUACUACCUCCCGUUCUUGUCCUGGAUCAGCACGUACAACCUCAGGUACUUGCUAGGAGAUCUAGUGGGCGGACUCACGUUGGUUUUUUUCCAGCUACCCUUGUCUUUGUCAUAUGCAACUAUGGCUCAUGUGCCGGUGAUCCUGGGACUCUACUCGCUAGCAAUUGCGCCCUUGAUAUACAUGGUGUUUGGAAGUGUUCCUCAAAUGGUGGUUGGCCCCGAGGCACCUAUUUCGCUAGUGGUGGGACAAGCGGUGGAGCCAUUGCUCCACCAUGCAAAGAAGAAAAACUUGGAUCCCAUGGAGUAUGUAUCGACAAUCACGUUUGUCAGCGGUGCUAGCUUGUUGGGUUUUGGCUUGGGAAGACUUGGGUUUUUGGACAAUGUGUUAUGCCCGGCACUUUUAAAAGGGUUUAUAGCGGCCGUGGGGUUUGUCAUGUUGAUCAACUCACUGAUCAACAUUCUCGGCUUGGAGGAGUUGAUGAAAGAAAUUUCCGACGACCCGGACCAGAUGGAUAUCCACUCUCCAUUCGACAAACUCUGCUUUUUGGCUCAAAACUUGAGCCACUUCAACCCCUUGAGCUUCAAAAUUGGAGCAAUUGGCUUUGCAAUUAUAAUGGUGACAAGGAUGUUGAAAAGCAAGUCGACUGACAAGAGGGUGAUACUAUUGCCCGAGAUUUUGAUUGUUGUCUCUGGGGCAACCGUGCUUUGCCAAAUUUACCAAUGGGACAAGCGAGGGCUUGACGUCAUUGGAGCUGUCAAGAACAGCGAAGAGUUGACAUUGUACAACCCCAUUGGUCUGUGGAAGUUGAUCAAAAAAUUCGCCACCUCGGGUUUUGUUUGUGCAAUGUUGGGCUUCUUUGAGUCCACCACGGCAUCAAAGUCGCUUGGCUCUAGCUUUGACUUGCCGAUUUCGUCAAAUAGAGAGUUGGUUGCCCUUGGAAGCAUCAACAUCUUUGGCUCAAUAUUUGGCGCAUUGCCCGCUUUCGGAGGCUACGGCAGAAGCAAAAUAAACGCCAUUUCAGCAAAGACAACCACGUCGGGGGCCAUAAUGGGGUUGCUCACUCUCGUGACCAUCAAAUUUUUACUCAGAUACCUAUACUACGUCCCCAUUUGCAUGCUAAGUGGUGUCAUAGCAGUAAUCGGCGUUUCUCUCAUUGAAGAAGCCCCGUAUGAGUUAUACUUUCAUUGGAGAAACAAUGGAGUGCCCGAGUUGAUCACUUUUGCAUUGACAGUUGUGACCACGUUGUUUUUUUCUAUGGAGGGCGGCAUAGCAGUGGGCAUCAUUUUCCUGUUGAUCAGGGUUAUCAAAAACUCAACCGACUCAAGAAUCCAGAUCCUCGGCAGAGUUCCAAACUCCAACACGUUUGUCGAUGCCGAUAUCCCAUUACCCGAGACAGUGGCACCCGGUGUGCAGUUGAAUAUGUUUGACGACCUGAGACAAACUCAAGUCAACUGCGAGUUGCUCGAAGAGAUUGAAGGAUGCUUGAUUAUCAAGAUCCCAGAACCAUUGAGUUUCACCAACUCGAGCGAUCUCCUAAUGCGAUUGAGAAGAGUCGAGAUCUACGGAUCGGCAAAAGCACACCCGGCGCUGAAGAGGAGCCGAGACACAGAGAUGUCGCGAUAUGUCAUAUUUGACUUGAACAACAUGACAUCCAUCGACUCUUCAGCGGCAAAGACGGUUGCGGAGUUGUUAACCAACUACCAGAGGCGCCUGAUUAGAUCCAUGUUUGUCAACGUGUCGCCCCAGGUGAGGAAAACAAUAGACCGAUGUGGAAUCAGGGAUCUUUUGGAAAAGGAUCUCUACUCGCUCAAGUAUUUUGAAAUCCAAGGGUUGAAUUCAAACAAUGAAGCCAUCAACAGGUGCCAGAACUUGUUGGAGAAUGGAGAGCCGUAUUUCCAGCACAUUCUGGACGUGCUCAAACUAAUAGACUGUUUUGAGAGUAAUAAUGGAGAGGUAUAG